UGGUGACGAGGGGCCAUGGCAAUCUACACCACACCCACCUUUUAUUCUCUCCCACCUUCUCAGGGGCCUUGCUUCUUCCUUACUGCUUCUAUUACAAUUGCCACAACCUUUUUCCUCCAAAAUCUUGAGUACCCAUUUCCUAAAACGAGUGUCUUCUGGAACUUUUUCAAGCUGCUUCUCUGGGUUAUGUUAAAUUGGAGACAGACUCUCACUAUCAGGUAUGGGUUCUGGAUAUUGGUUUAAGGCAUUAAUCGGCUUAAAGAAAUCCAAGGAUGGCAGUUCAAAACGAUUGAAGGGACCUUCAGUUAAUGGAAAAUCAAAUUCCAUAAAAUUGAAAAAGUCUAGUUUUUCAAAUGGUAAAAAUCUUGGAUUGCCAGAUGAGGAAAUAGCUGCAAUUCGAAUUCAGACUGCUUUCCGUGCAUAUGUGGCGAGAAAAACUUUACGCCGCUUGAAAGGGAUUGUUCGAUUGCAAAUACUGACCCAAGCUUAUCCUGUUACAAAGCAAGCCACAACUACAUUGAGCUAUCUUCAUUCAUGGAGCAGAAUACAGGAUGAGAUUAGAGCUCGUCGACUCUAUAUGGUAACGGAAGGACGGAUCAAGCAGAAGAAAUUAGAGAAUCAACAUAAACUUGAGGCGAAGCUUCAUGACAUAGAGGCGGAAUGGUGUGGUGGAUCCGAAACAAUGGAUGAAAUUCUUGCAAGGAUAUAUCAAAGAGAAGAGGCAGCAGUUAAGCGUGAGCGGGCUAUGGCAUAUGCCUUUUCUCAUCAGUGGAGGGCCAACUGUAGUCAGAGCCAAGGAUUGGGUAAUUAUGAACUUGGCAAAGCUAAUUGGGGUUGGAGCUGGAAAGAACGAUGGAUUGCUGCUCGUCCAUGGGAAAGCCGUGUGCAGUCACCUAGCCCAAAGAAAGUACUGAGUAAGCAAGCUAGCAAGGUUGGUAAAAACACAAAUUCACCAACGCCAAAAACUCCAGUUUCAGUCAAGCUCCCUUCAUCAAAUGGUAAGGGAACUACAAGGGCUCGGAGAUUGUCUUACACAGCAGAUGAAGUAAAACCGGUUGCACGUGCAGAGGGCAUUAAAACUGAAGAGAGGAACACUCAGAAAUAAAUAUUGACUUGCUGGUUUUGGGCCAACGGUAGAGACUAAAUAAGAAUGUCUUCCGUAUGUUAUCAGUUCAAACUGCAGAAAUUUGAGGGAGGAUCCAUUUUUUAAUAUAGGCGGUCAUUUCUGAUUCUUGUACAUGGAGUGGUGUGGAAGUUAUAUGCUUGGGCGUGCAGUAAAGGAUUAUCGAACAGGACCUGGAUUUGGGACUGACCAGAGCAUCCUUCUAUGAUUUUUUUCUCCCUAUUCUUCAUUUUGAUGUAUAUUCUUAAA